UCACUUCUCCGAAGGUACUACUCUUUCUUCGGACGAGAGACUGCAGAAUCCCGAGCAAAAAAUGCAAAAGACAACGCCCCUUCUCUCUGAACUAUUCAAGAAACCCCUUUGAUAAUGGUCUGAGUUUCUGCAAAAGGUGUGUGGACUACAACUAAUCGCUGAGAGCGAGGGUCCCUUUUUCUGUAAUUGUUGAUAGCUGAGAAAGAGCAAUAGAGAACUGGGGAAAAGAGAAGAGAAUAACAUGAGUCAGCAACCAUCAGUGGUUUUGGCGACUGCAAGCUAUGAUCAUACGAUUCGGUUCUGGGAAGCGAAAAGUGGACGGUGCUAUCGGACAAUCCAGUACCCUGAAUCUCAAGUAAACAGACUCGAGAUUACGCCAGAUAAGCGCUACCUAGCUGCAGCUGGAAAUCCUCAUAUUCGACUGUUUGAUGUCAAUUCAAACAGCCCUCAACCUGUGAUGAGCUAUGAUUCUCACACUAAUAAUGUAAUGGCAGUUGGAUUUCAGUGCGAUGGGAAUUGGAUGUAUUCUGGUUCUGAAGAUGGCACUGUGAAGAUUUGGGACUUGAGGGCACCAGGUUGCCAAAGGGAAUAUGAAAGUCGUGCGGCAGUUAAUACUGUUGUUUUGCACCCGAAUCAGACUGAACUGAUAUCAGGGGACCAAAAUGGUAACAUUCGUGUCUGGGAUUUGACAGCAAAUGCUUGCAGCUGUGAGUUGGUCCCCGAGGUGGAUACAGCGGUACGAUCCUUGACUGUAAUGUGGGACGGAAGCUUGGUGGUUGCAGCCAACAACCGUGGGACAUGCUAUGUAUGGCGUUUGUUGCGAGGGACGCAGACUAUGACCAAUUUCGAGCCACUUCAUAAACUACAGGCUCAUGAAGGAUAUAUUCUUAAAUGUCUCCUUUCUCCGGAGUUGUGUGAACCUAAUCGGUACCUUGCCACCGCAUCCUCUGACCAUACAGUCAAAAUAUGGAAUGUGGAUGGUUUUACUUUAGAAAAAACAUUAGUAGGACACCAGCGCUGGGUAUGGGACUGUGUUUUCUCUGUUGAUGGUGCAUUUUUAAUCACAGCUUCUUCUGAUUCAACUGCAAGACUAUGGUCCAUGGCCAACGGUGAGGAAAUUAAAGUCUACAAGGGUCACCAAAAAGCAACUGUGUGCUGUGCUCUCCACGAUGGGACGGAACCUUCAUGCUGAACAUGGAACGAUCUCUCAUUCUUGGUUUCCUUUCACAUUGUGACCUUAUACUGCAGCACAUGGAACGAUCUCUCAUUCUGGUUUCCUUUCACAUUGUGACCUUAUACUGCAACGCAAGUUUAUGUGAAGCAUCUCUGUUGCUAAUGUUGAAAAUGUUGCUGGGUUGGCAUGAAAAAGGGACUUGAUAUUAAGCACACAUUAACCUUAAUAUAUCAGAAUGACUUUCAGUUCUGCUCAUGGAGGGACCAUCAUGUACCACUAGUUCAUCCUUGUACUGAACACUCCAACUUGUUAUGGAGAUGUUACUGGGAGGUUUGCCAUUGACAAACAUUACAAAUGUUAACAGUCCCUCCGUUGAAUUUUGGAAGCACUAGAAUUUUUCCUUCAAAGAAUGGUCAAGUAUUAUAUAAUUGAUGGAUCA